AUGCAUCGAUCAGGAACACUGGGAAGAGCUUUAAGAGAAGAGUGCAGCGACUAUGGAUGGACAACCGUUUGCCCAUCUGUUGUUGAUUGGCAACGUUUGUGUCAAACGAUUCAAAAUUAUAUCAAGAGAUUAAAUUUUGGAUAUCGAAAUUCCUUGCGUGCUGCAAAUGUUGAAGUGAGCUCUACUGCUUCAAUUGUUUGGGACAUGUUUCAACCAUUUCAGUAUAUCAACGCAUCUGCUUCAUUUCUAUCACCAACUCGAAUUCGAUAUUUUCAUAAAGAAGAAGAGAAAGUCAUCGAAGCGUCGCGAAUUGCAAUUGCUGUUGGGGGUCGACCAUCCAUUCCCACCAUUGAAGGUUCUCAGUUCUGUAUAACUUCUGAUGAUAUUUUCAGUCUAACUCAUCCACCUGGUCACACUCUAGUAGUCGGAGGUUCUUACGUUGCUCUCGAAACUGCAGGAUUUUUGAACGAUUUGGGUGUCAGUCAUUCAAAUAUUUGGACGCGCCUAUUUUCACUCUUUCUUCAGUUUCCAGUCAAACUCUGUCUUCGCUCGAUUCCACUUCGCGGGUUUGAUCGUCAAUGCGCUGAAAUGGUUCUUGAUCAUUUAAUUGCUGCUGGAGUUGAAGUAGUUAACGAUGAACCAAGUGCCAUCAUUAAACAAGAAGACGGGCUUUUACUUGCACGUCUCAAAAAUCAAAGUGAAAUUUCGAAUCUUAAUACAGUCAUCAUGUGCGUCGGACGAAAACCUGAAUUGUCCUCGCUGAAUCUUGAAGCACUUCCCCACGGCGGACCUCGUCGAACUGCUAAAGGAUUUCUUGAUGUUAAUGAAUUCGAAGAGACAUCGUUAGAGAGUGUUUAUGCUCUUGGGGAUGUGAUAGGACGCGCUGAACUGACUCCAGUUGCGAUCAAAGCAGGGGAGUUGUUGGCGAGACGACUUUUUGGUGAUUCGAAGCAAUGGAUGGACUACAGCAAUGUGCCAACGACAGUUUUCACUCCUAUCGAAUACGGGUGUGUUGGAGUUUCUCAAGAGAGAGCGGAGGAAGUGCACGGCAAGGAGAACAUCGAGAUUUAUGUGCAAGAGUUUGAUCCUAUUGAAUUAUCGUGCGUUGAGCGUCCUUCUCAUGAAAAUGUUAAGAUGAAGGAUUCUGGAAGACUCACCUGUUUGGCUAAGCUGAUUUGUUUGAAAGAUUCUUCAAAACUUCGUAUUAUUGGAGUCCAUUUUGUUGGUCCAGAUGCAGGAGAAGUGAUUCAAGGUCUUGCGCUUUCUGUUACACUUCGGGCUGAUAAAUCGGAUUUGGAUCGUUUGGUUGGAAUUCAUCCGACAAAUGCAGAAGUUUUUACACAAAUGGAAACGACCCUGCGAUCGGGAUUGCCCUAUAGAGUCUCUGGUGGUUGCGGGGGAGGAAAGUGCGGCUGA